AUGGAGAAGCAAAGAAGAAUACCCGUGGUAAUUGGCGUCGGUGAUAUAAAAAAUGCCUCCAAAACGACCGAGGAUGCUGCCGAGCCGCUGCAGCUUAUCCUGCAAGCAGUUGAAAUGGCAAUAAAGGACUCUGAGGUUUCAAGCCAGGCAGUCAAUCAACUCAGGUCGAGCAUUGACAGUGUGGAUGUUGUCAGGACAUGGACUUGGCCAUAUCCAGAUCUACCAGGUUCAAUUGCUGAGAGGUUAGGGGUUCAACCAAAACACAAAUUUUAUAGCGACAAUGGUGGCAACUCUCCCUGCAAGCUCUUCGAUGAAGCUGCCCGUCGUGUUGCCCUGGGACAAAGCAACGUUGCGUUGGUUACAGGAGGCGAAGCGCUGGCCUCACUCGAAGCUUUCGCGCGGGAAAAGAAAAUGCCUCCACCCGGUUGGACACAGCCGGAUGAAGCUGUCACUGGCGUGUUUUCCGUGAAGAAUAUGAAAUUGAAGGAAAACCUGGGCUCUAUCCAUUCUAUCGGGCUCCCAGUCCAGAUAUACCCACUUUACGAAAACGGAUUUAGAGCUCGUCGCUCCCAGUCACUACAGGACAACCACCGGGAAUCAGCUGAAUUAUAUGGCGAAUUUGCCAGAGUGGCAGAGAAAAAUCCUCUGGCUUGGAGUUAUGGCAAGCCGGCCGAGACGCCUCAGUCUAUUGGAACUGUGACCAAACGCAACCGUCUUAUCUGUUCUCCAUAUCCCCUUCUCAUGAACGCGUUUAAUACGGUCAAUCUUGCCGCGGCCUGCCUUAUAACGAGCACUGAAUUUGCACGAAAGCUCGGUGUCCCUGAAAUUCGGUGGAUAUAUCCUUUGGCUGGUGCAGGAACGGCCGACAGCAGCAACUACACGGCUCUGGAUCUCUCAGGUUUGCAAAAGGAGGAUAUUGAUAUUUUUGAUUUUUACUCCUGUUUUCCUAUCGUUCCCAAACUCGCCUGUCAGCAUUUGGGGUUGCCGAUUGUCAACUCACCAAAACCUAUUACACUCCUUGGAGGGUUAACAUCCUUUGGAGGUGCUGGGAACAAUUACUCUAUGCAUGCUAUCACGGCUAUGGUUCACCAACUCAGACAGGCCUCUGGACGCCCUCAUCAUGGAUUGGUCCUAGCUAAUGGCGGAGUGCUAAGCUACCAACAUGUCGUUGUUCUUUCUUCUCAGCCCCGAAAACAUGGAUCACCUUACCCGAGCGAGAAGGCCCUUCCAGAUGUUUUGACUGACAUGGACGUCCCAGUCGUUGACAGCCAGGCCGAGGGAGAGGCGGUCGUAGAAACCUACACUGUUGAAUACAGCAGGGACGGCACUCCAUUGCGGGCGUAUGUGGUGGGACUUUUGAAGAGUAACAACCACCGGUUUAUUGCCAAUCACGGAGACGAAAAUACAUUGACGCAGCUUUGCAAUAUAUCGGAAGAACCGAUUGGAAGAACUGGCUAUGUUAGAAGCGACUCGGACAAAAAAGAGAGGAACUUGUUCAGCUUUGAAAGAGUCAGGAAACUGUGA